AUGUCCUUCAAGAACCCACCAAGUUUACAGGGACUUGGCGGGGACAGCCAGUUGGCGGUGGGAACCUGCGAGAUAGUGAUGCUCAACAGAGACAGCAGUGUUCCCAGACGGACCAUCGCCAGGCAGACGGCUCGCUGUGCCUGCCGGAGAGGCCAGAUCGCUGGCACCACCAGGGCGCGGCCAGCCUGUGUGGACGGUAGGUCGAGCGACCUCUUUAACCCGGCGGGUGGGCAGAUGUUCCAGAUCACAGCUGGCGAGAGUCAGCGGAACAGUCCGAGUCAUUAA